CCCCUGUUUAAAGCCACAUGUUGGUAAGACUUCGUCAUUCGGUUAAUUUAAUUUUCAAAAGGUAAUUACGAUUUACCAUGUUUAAGAUCGAAGCAGUGGCCCGUUAAGAAUUUUACUGUGUUUUGUAUGCAUUUUUGAAGGGUUUAAUUUAUAUAUAUAAAGUGAAAACGUAAUAAUGGGAAAUUAUGUUAAUAAGUUUUUUCCUCAUAAUACUGAGGCUUAUAACAAUAAAAUGGAAAAAGAAGAAAUAAGAUGUCCAUUAUCUACUGAUGAAGUAACUCUUGAGACAGACAUUAUGGAAACUCCACCAAUAGUUCGUAAAACAUUAAUUGAUCCUAGAUCAAUAACAAGUGGAAUAAAUCGUACACCAAUAGAAGUGAAUUGUACACCACUUGGAACAAAUAAAAAAAUGAUAUCAGCAAUGCCAAAACAUUUACAAACUAAACAGUAUUUGGAAACAGAUAUAGAUAAAAUAAUGCUAUGUUUAACUCCAAUGAAACAUUGUAUGCCAAAAGUAAUAGAUAUUCCAAAAGUACAACUGCCAACAAUGGAAGAUAAAGGUACAGAUAUUCCCUCAACACCAACAACUAGUAAUUUAAAUAAUGAAAAGGUAAUUACUGAUAUAGAAAAGGAACGUUUUAAUAUCUUGGGACUUGAUCCUCGAUCUCCAGCUGCGGAUUUUGACAGAACGCCAAUUUUAAUGCCAAAAUCUAUAAAACGUUUAAGAGCAAGGUCUCAAGAAUUUUUACAUAGAGCUGGUAGUUACGAUACAGAUAUAUUUUAUCCAAAAUUUUCAUAUUGUGAAACAUCAUCACAAUUUAAUGUUACUGAAGUACAGGCUUCACAUAGUUUAGCCACAACUGAUGUAAAUUCUUUGAAUUCAGUCAUUAGUGAUUGCGAUAACAAAUCCAAAUCACCUGAAUCACUUUAUUCUAGUCAUUCAUCUGGAAAUAAAUCUACUUCAGUGAUUGAAAUAUUUGCAUCAGCGAAGGAAGAAUUGGAAGAUCCGAGUGAAUCUCAAAGAAUCUCAGGGCAAAACAAGUUCAAUGAUGUAUGUGUGAAGGAGGAUAUAGAAGAAAAGAAAACAUGUGUUACUAGCGAUGAAAUAAUUAAAGUAUGGAGAGAUUCAUUGAUAUUGGAUGAGCCUCAAGAAUUAAAAACAAGUGAAUUAGACAAUGUACAAAUUAUUGAAGAAAAAAUAGCACAAGUAUCUAAAGAAGAAGUAAUUAUAACAUUUGAUGAUGAUAAUAUAGCAAAACUAGCUAAUUUUGAAAGUGAAAGAACUAAAAUAGAUACAAUUAGAAAAAAGAAAAAAAAUCUAAAAUCAGAAGUGAAAAUUCCAAUAGACGAAAAGAAAUUUUCUAAUUCUAUUAAUAAAGAUGGAAGUGAAUCUACAAAGAUUCGAACUCCUCUCGGAAAUCGUUCAAAUAAUGGACAAGUACAAACAUUAUUAAUAAAAUCACCACAACAGGUAUUUAGGAACAAAGGUAUUACCUCAAAAAUAUUGCAAGAAAACACACCACCACACAAGAAACAUACUACAAAAUCGAAAUUAGGUGGUAUACAGUGGGAUCCAGAUUCAACGGUUAUCAUUUAGGGUUUUAUUAAUUUUUUAUAAUAGGACAAAUUUAGACAUAGUUUAUAUUUUUUAUAUAUUUUAAACAAAUUCAAAUUGUAAAAAUUAAUUAUAAACAUAAGUGUUAUUCGAUUGGAAUAGUGCGUAUCUACUUGAUGUAAAAUAAAUAAUCCUUUGAAUAAACUUUUUAUUAUUUGUCUUGAUAUAAAAUCA